ACUCGCGUUAACGCAAAAGAUAGCACAACUACAUGUUCACUACAUUCAAGGAUAUACGAUCAACUUUAUUUUGACAGUUCGUGAGCUACGUACAACGCAUAGAAUAAGCAUUGUGUUUGCAUUUAAAGCCUACAUUUCUCAUAUUUUUCGGCCGAGCACAAAAGUGAAAUCCAUAAUUCACGAAAAAAAGACGCAAUGGCCUUAUGGGUGGACAAGCAUCGCCCACGUGAAUUAUCCCGUUUGGAUUAUCAUAAAGAUCAAGCGGAAAAUUUGCGCAAUUUGUGUCAGCAGGGAGAUUUUCCUCAUCUUAUGUUUUAUGGGCCAUCAGGUGCUGGUAAAAAGACAAGAAUUAUGUGCCUUCUAAGAGAACUAUAUGGAGCAGGCGCAGAGCGUCUUCGAAAUGAAAUUAUGACCUUUACUACGGCCUCCAAUCGUAAAAUUGCCAUUAUGACUAUGGGCAGUAAUUAUCACUUAGAAGUUAAUCCGUCCGACGCUGGGAUUUACGAUCGUGUAGUUAUAAUCGAUUUGAUUAAACAAGUGGCCCAAGUGCAUCAAAUAGAACUCAAUGGUCAAAGAGAGUUUAGAGUAAUUGUCUUGUCCGAAGUCGAUGAACUAACCAAAGAUGCUCAACAUGCUUUACGUCGCACCAUGGAGAAGUAUGUAGCCACUUGUCGUAUUAUUUUGUCUGUAAAUUCAACCUCGAGGGUUAUACCGGCUAUAAGGUCCAGAUGCUUGGGUAUACGUGUAGCUGCCCCGAGACCUUACGAAAUGAUGACAAUUUUACAGAAUAUUAGCAAAAAAGAGGGUAUAGUGUUGCCUAGUGAAUUAGCCAAGCGUAUAGUUCAAAAAUCAGAGCGAAAUUUACGUUUAGCCAUACUUAUGCUUGAAACUUGUAAAGUGCAACAGUAUCCGUUUACUGUUCAACAGGAAAUAACUGGCCUCGAUUGGAAGACUUAUUUGCAUGAAACAGCUAAUCAAAUUAUAACGGAGCAAACACCUGCUAAAUUGGAAAAAAUCAGGGAUCGUUUGUAUGAGCUUUUGGCCCAGGGUGUGCCGCCGGAAGUAAUUUUUCAAGGUUUGGCGAAAGAUCUGGUAUGCAAUUCUGAUAUGAGCAUUAAAGCAAAGGUAUUAGAGUACGCCAGCCUGUAUGAGCACCGCAUGCAAAAUGGGUCCAAAUAUAUUUUCCAUUUAGAAGCGUUCGUUGCACAUUUUAUGAAUAUUUACAAGAAAUUUUUAGCUGAUUCGAUGAUAAUGGACGAAUUUUAGCUCAGCAAAUAUAUGAAAUUUUCAAAUUUUAUACGAAAAUAAUUAUCUAUACACUUAUAAAAAACGACGUGCGUAAAUUACAGAUUUAUUUUUCUCUUGCUCAUUUUACUAUUGAAAAUCUAAUUUCAUUUUAUCUUUAUUUGCUAUGUAGGUAGUAAUUCUUCUUCUAACCUCGACAAUGCUUUUUCACUGUAUGCAACAGCAAAUCCAAAACAACUACUACGCAUUUUUGAAUUAGAAACACACUUAUUAUCUUGUAGUUGUUUUUGCAGCAGAUUUAGAGCCACGGUUCCACGGUUAAUUUCUUUAAUUUCCAAUCUCACGUGUUGUCGACAUUAACUGAUAUCCGUCAGUAUUAUUUUUGGAACUGUGUGUAAGUCGUAACCAUCUCGUACAAUGGACUUGGAAUCCCCAAGCUAAUGCAUUUAAACACUUUAACAGGCCCUAAAAAGGUUUUUGUACAUGUUUUUUGUACAACUUGGUUUCGCAUGGUAAAAAUAAUAACACGAUCUAAAUUGGCAUGUUGCACAAACAGUUUUUCGUUACAACCCAGCAGCUAGUCUGAAUUGAUGAGAGCACACAUCGAGUUAUUGAGUAGGCGGAUGUAUUAUAUUGAUUGAUGCAAAACAAUUGCCCAUUAAAGAUAAAUUUAUCCGAACAUGAGAUUAUCGCCUUCAGCUAUUUUAAAAUUGUCAGUAAACAAAAUUAAAGCUGAAUAAGCCUUUUGUGUUCAGAAAAAGCUGCACUAAGAUAGUUGCCGUGCAUUUCCUGCCAACGAAACAUCUGCAACCUGAUCUAACGGACAAUUGCCAAGGAUAUGAUUUUAAUAUAACGUCUUUUACAAUUAUAGACGUAAGACACCACUCAACACAUGCAAAGUUAACACAGGUAAACAGUGUGUUCUCAAAGUUUCCAAUACUUCUAUAACACCGAUAAAGACAAUUAACUGCAAGUUUUAUAUAGCAUUGUCGAAUAACAUCGAGAGUCCGACUUCGCUACUGAAAAACUUUUAUUGUGCGUAUGCAUGCGCAAGCUCUUGUGUACACUUUAACAUAUGCAAAUUGUCUAAGUUUAACAAAAUUUAGCAUAAAUACCUAAUUGAAUGAAGUUUCUAACCUAUUAUCACCAAAAAUUCAAAGAGUGACAAAUACUUGGCAGCAUCCUUGACAAGGAAAUCAGAUGUUAAUUUGGACUUCUCAAGUUGAUAAUAGACUAUUUUCUCUGGGAGCACCAUUUCUAUAUGGGUGAAUGUGUUAACCAAAUUCUGAGAAGAUUUGCUCAAGGUUUCGGUUUCUGCAAAAUAUUGGCAUGUUAUGUUUAUUUCCGCGUCAUCGUCUGCCAACAUUGAAU